AUCCAUAACUCAAGGAAACCUGCAUUGCCUUCUCCACUCUCUCUCAGUUAAGUUGAUUACGUGUGAAGCAGAAUGGCCUUGGAGACCUGUUUAAGAGUAACCACAGUAGGCACAGCCACCACACCCCAAUGUCUUCAUCCAUUCAGUUCUAGACAAAAACUUGUCUGCCCUACUUUCAGAGGGUUCAAGAAAUCCUUGUCAAAAUCAGCUUUAUCAAACCCAUCUCCUCUUUACUCUUCUCUUCCUGGUAUUAGCUACAGAAAAUCUCGUUUUAUCUGCAAUGCUCGUGAAGCAGUAAAUGAAGUGCGAGUAGUGACAGAUUCAAGCUGGAAUAACCUUGUCAUUGCUAGUGAGACCCCAGUGUUGGUAGAGUUUUGGGCACCAUGGUGUGGUCCAUGCAGGAUGAUAGCCCCCGUGAUUGAUGAGUUAGCGAAAGAGUAUGCUGGAAAGAUUGUAUGUUUCAAGCUAAACACCGAUGACUGUCCCAACAUAGCUACACAGUACGGGAUCAGAAGCAUACCAACUGUUCUUUUCUUCAAAAAUGGAGAAAAGAAAGAAAGCGUAAUUGGUGCAGUUCCCAAGUCAACUUUGUCCGCAACAGUGGAAAAAUAUGUCGAUAUAUAAGCUGGAAAACGAAAUGUUAUAAGGAAGGAAAGCUUGAUCAUAAAUUAUGGACCAUUCAUUUUACGGUUUCAACAAUAGUAUUUGUAUCCAUAUCUUUUUUCUUCAUUUUGUAAAGAUUACAAUGUAUAAAUUCCCCACGGAGGAAAAUCUUCAGUCCCUUCUUUUCACCGAUGUUCCAUUACAAUUUACUUUCCAAUUUAGAUUACUGAUCAAAAAAUUUGUCCCGCCAUGUUAAUUUGGCUACACAUUCGGGAGAGAAAACCCAGUUUCCAAUGUCUUCAUGGCCACUCAAGUGAGGUCUCAAAUUGAAAUGUAAACUUUACUUGGGACUGAAACCAAACAUGGUGCCAGACUUGUCCACCGUUGACGCACACGGCUAUUGCUCCUACUUAGUUGCAGUUGGCAGCCCAAAGCUUUCUUGCAUGUUGUAGGAUAAGUUUGUGAACGCAAUAAAGAUAUUUAAAAUAG